AGUAUUUAUAAUAGUUAUAGCGCGGUUUUGAUGCAAUUGUUAAAGCCGCUCGGUUUCUACAGUUGAAUCACUUUGUUUAAACGGUUAACUGCCUUUAUGACUGUUUUAUUAGCAAUCUUUGUGAAACAUCGGUGUUAAAAAUCUUUCCAUUUCAAGUCCUGAAUCUGUUUGGUGUCGAUUACAUAACCGUCGUACUACGCGCGUAUUUGGUUUUCAGAAGAAUAAAACUCCAGGUAUGACAGAGGAAUCAACUGGAGCAGGAACUCCCAGAAUGCUGGGAAAUGAAAAAAGCACGGAUGGUCAGAGUGAAGAGGCAGAAACUGACACAGUUCUGCACCCCAAAACAGCUGCCCAAAACUCUGAGGCUCCCACCAAUGCUAAAAAACCCAAGAAGAAGAAGAAGAAAGCAGGUGAUGGAAAAGACACUCAGCGGAAAGGGAUAAAAAGCACAGCUGAGGAAACAUCUAAACAAGAGACCACAGAAUUAACUCCUGAUGAGCAGCUGAACCGAGAGCUGGACUGGUGCAUCGAACAGCUCGAGCUGGGCCUGAGAACUCAAAAAUCAUCCAGCAAACAAAGGGAAGAAGCAAGAAGUGCUCUGAAGACUUUACGCAGCUCCAAAGCUCCCUUGGUGAAGAAGAGGCAGGUAAUGCGAGCGGUCUCAGGAGACUACAGGAAGAAGAUGGAAGAGGAAAAAGCCAGACAGUUCAAACUCAUACAAUCAGCAAUGACCUCUGCCCGGGUCACCACUGUCUCUGAGUGCAAACCAGUGUUCCACCGUCGAGCUGAGAGGAACACACCACCCACAGACAAAACAGAUAAAUCUCAAGAGACGCACACUCUGCAAGGGCCCCGGGAGACAAAUGAACACACACAGACUGAUGACGACACAAAACCUUUUGUUUUCACUAAAACACAUGAAGAGUUUUGCUUCAACUUCAAUUUGUGACUGUACACAUUAACAUCAACCAGCAGGAUCUGUGCCUUAAGUAGACGUGUGGUCAAGUAUUACAUACUUCUAUUGCAUAAUUUUGCUAUACAUUCUUUAUGCAUUUCAUUAAGAAUACAAUAUUGUUGAUCAUAUUUCAAUAGAAAAAAAUGCAAUUAAAGAGAAUACAACCUAUA